AUGCGGAAAGCAACUCGCAACAAAGGCGCCGCUGGCAACGGAUACAUGCUUAGCAAUCUGCCCAAUGACCUUCUGCUUAACAUUCUUGACAGGCUAGACACGCUCGACGCUAUAAGGACCCGCAUCCUGUCCAAGCGAAUGCUGAAGCUCCCUGCCAUGCUCAUGCGGAUCUUCCUAAGUGUUAGCUCCAUUCCAGGUCUCCAUGAUCGUGUUGUCAUCACCAGCGAGUUGCUCCGGACCAACAGUGCCGUGGCUCAUGUAACAGAUAGCAUCUUGACCACAAGGAGCCCGGACAUCGCCAUCAGCAAACUCAGAAUCAGAUUUAUCUUGACGCAAGAUGACUUUCUCACCAUUACCAAAUCUGUUGCCCAUGCCAUGGCAGCCCGGAAGGUUGACGCAGCCGAGUUUGAGAUCACAACGGAGAAGGCUUAUAAGAUAUCCUCUCCUGAUGAUCUCGUCCGCUUUGGGAAGCAGUUCAAUGAUUUUAUCGGUGCUUGUCCGGAUGCAUUUGCUGGUCUUAGGUGCCUGUGGCUGCGCAACAUGAGGUUUGGUGAACUGGACAUUCCCAACAUCCUCAGCACUUGCAAGCUCUUGGAGUCUCUGCAUUUAACCUAUUGCGACUCAGGGAUCCAUUCUGUACUCCAAGUAGAACAUGCUCUACUUGUUGAGCUCGAGGUUGACUAUGGGCAAUUUGAGAGAAUCGAGCUGAUAUGUCUACCCAAACUCCAACGGGUGAGCUAUACUGGUUGGUACUCUCAUGAAGAUCCCCUUUAUUUUGGUUUUGUACCACAACCUUCAAAGCUGAGCCUCACUAAAACUGGCGUCAGUUCGGAUAAGACUCUUGAGUUAACUAUGUUCCUUGCUAAUGUUCCUGCCAUAACCGAUCUGCAUCUGGAUUUUAGAAGUGAAAAGAUCUGGGUUCUACCAGAAUGCCCGAAGCUGCUCACGACUAUGCUCAGCAAACUACAGCAUGUGAAUCUAGACAAUCUUCCUGAAGGAUGUGAUUUAGGUUGGACACCAUUUAUUCUUGAAGCUGCACCCUCCCUAAAAGCGCUGUGCAUCACAGUAUGGGAUCAUUGGUGCAUAAUGGCGACAGACAAAGAGUUUCGGAAGGAAAAUGGUUUCUGCGAAAAGGCAGACGUGAAGUGGAAGCCAUAUGCCGCUGCUUUCAAGCACAAGAAUCUGGCUAAGCUUACCAUAUAUGGCUUACAACCUGACGGCAACUUUAUGCGAUACAUCAGGUGUGUUGUGGAAGCUGCAGUGAAUAUGAUAGAGAUAUCUCUGCAUGACAGAAAGAUGUGUGGACGCUGUGGUGACUUGGAUCCCGAGAUCAAAGACAAGGUUUGUCCAUCAAGAUAUCCACGGACCGCUGAGGAGAGGAAGAGGGCAGUUGAGGGGUUGGGUUUGGCUUCGCCGGCUCUGAUUCACUUUCGGUCCUAA